GCGCUACUUCGGGCAGGCGGAAUGAAAAGCUCGGCGAAACGUGACACCGGGGGCGGUUAACUCCAUUUAGCUGAACGCGGUGUUGAUGGACUUCACGCCUGUGCAAGCGGCGGAGCUAAGUUAGCAUGUACCCGAUGCUGAGAGCUGCAGCAGCGGCGGAGGCUACUGCUCCCAUCGCCACGAUUCUCCCUCCCUGCACGGUGCGGUUAACGGGGAAGAAUUAGCCGAGGGGACGCUAGCCAACUCGGCUAACUAGUCGUGCCAAACAGGCACCGGGCUCGGUUGUGCUGUACUUGCACUUGUCCCGCGGCUGUGCGGGGAUGAUUUGUGCGGGUUAGACGAGGGUCUGCAGUUUGGUGUGCGGGACGCGUGAACGUUUUUGCGUGUGUGUGUGUGCGUGUGUUCAUCCCGCGGAGCUAAAGGUGCCCACGUUCUGCUGCAGAGGAGAGAGCACCAGGAUGAGGAGAGAGUAGGCCCCCGCCGUAGUAUGGCCGCGUCCCGUUCCUCGCGUGUCACAAGGUCAUCAGUUGGGCUCAAUGGAUUGGAUGAGAACUUUUGUGGUCGAACCCUCAGGAACCGCAGCAUCGCCCAGCCAGAGGAGACCUCGGUGUCUCCUCUACCCAGGGCCCGCUCGCCCAAGAAGAGGCAGGACGCCAAGCAGGAGUCGAGACAGGAGACGAAGCAGGAAACUAGACAAGAGUCGAAGCAGGAGUCGAGACAGGAAACUAAACAGGAGUCGAAGCAGGACACCAAACAGGAGAGCAAGCAGGAGUCAAAGCAAGAUGUUAAGCAGGAGUCAAAGCAGGAGGCUAAACACGAUACAAAGCAGGAUACCAAGCAGAACACUCGGCACGAUGGCCAGCAACAGGCCUCGUUGCAGGGAAAGGAAACUGACUCAAAUGCUUCCCCAGCUGAGGUGGAGCAGUGGACCAGCUGCAGGAAGCGGGGCGUGUCCUGUUUAGAAAAAGACAUUAGUCCCGAGAAGCCCGAGAACUGUGAUAGAGGCAAAGCGGCGCGAGAUCCCUCUCCUCAAAUCAAAAGGGCCAAGCGGUGCUCCCGCUCUGGAGAGUCUCAGGGACCCGAGGAGCAGUCUGAGCCCCUGAAGCCAGAAAGUCCAGUAUCUGUACCGGAGCCUAGCCAGGACAACAGUUGUGAAGAACUUCUCAGCCAAAACUCUGGUCACACAGCUCCGGCCUCACCGGUCCUCAGUAGAGAGGACGGUGAGCUGAUGGCUGUGAAGACGGAGGAUGUUCAUUUGGAGUGCGACGGGGUUUCCCAGCCCCUGAAUACUCAUAAAGCUUCUAAUGGACUUACAGAGAAUACGGCCGAGGAACCUGGCCCGCUCACUGAAGAGACUAGUUCAAGUCCCACCUCCGUCACCAGCUGCCCGUCGCUGCUCAACGGCAGCCAGGCGGGGGCUCCCUCAUCCCCGGUCCCUGCUGUGCCUUGUAGAAACUCUGACCCUGGGCAGAUGGAGGUCUCUGGCUCAGGGGAAUCGCCAGCCUCCUCUGCGCCGCCACUUGAGGCGGUUCCAGAGGAUCCGAUCUCCGAGUUAAUAGUGGCCAAGCAGGAGGUGGAGGAGGUGGAGGUCGACGUGGUGGGCGAGACUUUGUGUCUGGCCCACGAGGAGCAGGUGACGGAGAGCGACACUAACGGCCGGCCACCAACACCGGUGCAGGAAGCUGCUGCCUCCACCUCCUACACCACACCCAACAUGAACAAUAGUCCAAUCAACGGCAACUCAGGAGAAACCACACCCCCACUAGCAACAACCCCACCCCCCACAGAGCCAGGGUGCAACCCCUCAAUAUCCAGCAUGCCCCCCUCUUUCACAGAGCUCUAUGAACACAGAUACACCCUACGGACUUCACCCAGGAGAGCUGCUACUGGUGGCAAAGCAACCGCCUCCAAGUCCUGCUCUCCUCCCAGAGACAAUGGUCCCAUGAGGGAAGAGGGGGAGGUGGAGGUGGGGCUGGAGGAGGUCUGCCCUAUGGUGGAGGAACCUGCCCCCUCAGACUCUGUUGGCCCCUUUAAGGAGGAGCCAAUGUCCCUGGAUGCCGGGGACAGGGCAGGUGGCGAGGCCGGUGGUUCUAUGGAUCGUAAAGAGGCCGAGAGCAGCAAGGACCACGCUCAGAGCCAGGCUGCGGAGGAAGAGGAGGAAGAGGAGGAGCCAGACGUGUAUUAUUUUGAGUCUGACCACCUGGCUCUUAAACACAAUAAAGAUUACCAGAGGCUGCUGCAGACCAUCGGGGUUCUGGAGGCCCAGCGCACGCAGGCCAUCCUGGACCUGGAGACGUUGGCGCGUCACCAGAGGGAAGCACUCGGCGAUCCCAUCAGCUUUGUGGAGCAGCUGCAGAAACAGGUGAACUUGGGCUUGCCGUGUCCUCAGCGGGUCGUCCAGCUCCCCGACAUUGCGUGGGAACAGUACACCUCAGGACUCGGCGACUUCGAGAGGGAGUUCUGCGACAAGAAGCGCAAAACCCGGCGGCUAAAGCUGAUCUUCGACAAAGGUUUGCCUCUUCGACCAAAAAGUCCAGUAGAGCCCAAGAAGGAGGGAGAGUCCUCCACCAUGUACUCGUCCCUGCCCACCAGUGACGCCCUGGAGAACGAAAGGCAAGCGCAGAUGAUCAGGGGGAGGAUUUGUCAGCCAAACAAGUCUGACACAUUUAACCAGCUGUGGACGGUGGAGGAGCAGAAAAAACUGGAGCAGCUUCUCGUCAAGUUUCCUCCUGAGGAGGUGGAGUCCAGGAGGUGGCAGAAGAUCGCUGACGCUCUGGGAAACCGAACAGCUAAACAGGUUGCCAGUAGAGUUCAGAAGUACUUCAUCAAACUGACUAAAGCUGGGAUCCCCGUGCCUGGAAGAACACCCAACCUGUGCAUGUACACUAAAAAGGCGUCCAGUAAGAGACAGCACCACCUGAACAAGCACCUGUACCGGCCGUCCACCUUCCUCGCCUCCUACGAGCCUCCGGUCUUCAUGGACGAGGACGACGAGCGCGCGGCGUAUUACGGCAGCGUGCAGGACCCCUCCGCUGAUGACUCGGAUGAGGAGAGUGUUCCUGUGGAGCUGAGAAAUUUGCCAGAGUACAAAGAGCUUUUGGAGCUGAAGCGACUGAAAAAGCAGAAGCUCCAGGAGUUCCAGGAGGAGAAGGUCGGGGUGCGACACCUCGGCUUCAAGUGUGACGUCUGUGGCAUGGAGCCCAUCCAGGGCGUGCGGUGGCACUGUCAGGACUGUCCGUCGGACAACGCAGUCGAUUUCUGCUCCAGCUGCUCCGACUGCUUGUACAAGACGGAGACCCACAAGCCGACCCACCACCUGGAGCCGGUGUACCUGUCGGACACCUUUCUGGACAGGGACUACUGCCUGCCGCAGAGCACCGGCUACAACUACCUGGACCCCAACUACUUCCCAGCCAACAGAUGACAGGGUCCCAGGGGCCCAUAUCUCCAGGCUCUCUCCACAUAUCCCACAGGCCACUCUGUGCAUGGCUCCAUCCUCCAAGUCCAAGAUAACCGCUUACCCCCGCCGCCAGGCAGGAAGGCCAGCAGGCAGGCAAACAGCCGGGGGGGGGGGGGGGGCCCUCAGAGCAGACCUACGGUGCUGCUGGUGGGGGGGGGGGGGGGGGGGCUGUUGGUAAACUGGCCUCCCUGACUCAAGCUAAAAGGGGCGGCCAUGUUGGUUCCUUAGAAUACAGACGGGCCAGGUUAAUCCACGGAUCUGUGAUUUGAAACGAUGCACACUAUUUUUAAAAACUAACAAACAGGAAAAAAACAAACAAACAACCAGAAGACACACCGACAUUCCCGAGCUCUGUGACUCCAGGAGGGCUGUCCGCUCCCCUCCCCCCCGUCACCGUCCUCCAGUUUACCUCCCUGUGCUGCUUCGAACUGGAGAGCCGAGGACGUGCGGUCGACCAGUGUGUCAUCGUGGACUGAAGUCAUCAACUGACACACACAGACGGCUUCUAUGUGUGUGUGCGUGCGUGCGUGGUCUCCGUGUUAAGCAAGAGUGAUAAAAUGUUUUAGGUAGGAAUCCGUAGAUUGAGUAUUUAUGAGUUGAGGCCCCCCAGCGGGAGCACGGGGGGGGGCUGCUGCAAGGCGCCGGGGGUUCGAUGCUGCCGUGUUUCCCCGGCUGCGGAUCGGUUGAAGUCGAUCUGCAGACGACCUGUAGGUGGAGCCGUCACUACCACUGUCCCACCACGCCGCUCUCUGACCCUCUCACCCUCACACACACAAACACACACUUUCAUCUCUUGUUUCCUUUCCCCCCCCCGCUCUCUCUCCACUAAAUCAAGUCUAACAAGGAAGGAAGCACUACAGCACGGAGAGCACGCGCUGCUGAACGUACGAUGCGACUCACGAUCAUGUUUCCGUUUUCUUUUCUGCUCCCCCGGUGUGUACGCUGUUGUUGAUUAUGUUGAGUGUACAGGUAUAUGGUGAAAAGUAGCCAGUGCUAGUUGCUGUGUGCCAUUUUUAAAAAGAAGAAUCUUUUGUUUUGUUUAUUUUGUUUUUUUUUUAGUUUUUGCAAGGGGUGGGGGGGGGCACACCUCCUCCCUUCUUGCGUGGCGCCAUCGACCCACAUUACCCCGACAUCAUCGAUCCAGUCAUCAUGCCUCUAGAUCUUUCAUUUUUUUGCAGUUCACUUUAAAAAGGUCCAUUUAAAAGAUUGUAUUUUUAUUAAUCUAUUUAAAAAAAAGAAAAAAGAAUUGAGGUCUUGGUUGGUGCCUCCGCAGUGGAACAACCCACACAGUUUUAUACACAUAGAUUUUGUUGUGCUUGAGUAGACACCAUUUUGUAUGGUUUUCGUCUCCUUCUACCCCCCCCCCCCCGCCCCUUUGCCCCGCUUCAGUAUCUGUGUAUAACAGUCUGUUCUUAUGUAAAAAAAAUAAUGUAAAAAAAUUGCUAGAGGAGAACCGUGGAAAUAAAAGUAUGUGAAAAUAGUGUUUCUACA